GUGGCGGUAAUGCUCCUAAAUGCUGGUUGCCAACCGCCAAUCAAAUCAAACGAAGAAGAAGAAAAAUAAACUAAAAUCAUUAAACUGCGUCAGCACAAACAGAUGAUGUCCCUGUUCUGCAUUUUACUCUCACUUCAUUCCAAAUCUCAGUGAGAUGACGUCUUCAGCCCACGAAAACUCUGAUCCUGCGGUACAGAAUGAUGUUUAGCAGAAAACCUGUGACAGCUGCAGCAUUACUGAUACUUGUGAUGAAUGUCUGCAGAGGAAAUGGCUUCACAUGUCAUCGAGGAGAGUAUGAGAGAGGGAAUGAAUGCUGUCCUGUGUGUCCUGCUGGAAGUCGAGUUAAAACAGAUUGUACAGAAUUCACAAGUACUUCCUGUUUGCCCUGCACUGAGGGAACCUUCAUGAGUCAGCCGACUGGACGUAGACAAUGUUUUCUUUGUUCAACUUGUGUUGAAAGUUCUGGUUUGAAGAUAAAUACGUCAUGUACAACAACAUCAGAUGCAGUUUGUGAACCACUGGAGGGAUUCUACUGUCUGGAAUCUACAGAGAACGGCUGUAUGACAGCACAGAGACACACAAGCUGUCAACCAGGACAAUACAUCAGCCAGAAAGGAACAGCAUUCACAGACACAGAGUGCUCUGACUGCAGCAGUGGAACAUUUUCAGAUGGGACAUUUACGUCCUGUCUGCCGCACACACAAUGUGAAUCAAUAGAUCUGCAGCUGAAAGCAGGAACUGCUUCAACUGAUGCUGAAUGUGGAGAACAAAGUUCAGACAGGACAGGAGCUGUGAUCGCUGCUGCUGUUGUUGGGGGGAUUCUUUUUUUAUUAAUAUCUGGAGCUGUAGCUAUAUGGUACCUUUCCAGGAAAAGAAAAAAAUGGCAUCCAAACAGACGAAGAAAAACAAAUGCAGACAGUCCCCAAAUGCAGGUGAAUGGAGCAGAAACAUCAGAGAUUUUAAACAGCAGUCAACAGCAGGAGGAGACAGAGCACAUAUAAACAUGCAGAGUCUUUCUGGACACUGCAGAGUGAAUGUGCUCUAGAAUCCAGUGAUAAUCCAGUUGGAUGCUGGCACAGUGUCUUUGCAGUGGACAGAAAUGAAAUCAGCUGAAUGUCCUGCACGGCGCUACAAGCUGAACACGUCCUCUUCAGAAGUGCUGGUCUACAGUCUGGAUCAUUAUCUCACACAGAUGUUACUGUACAGAGACUGAAGUCAGCCUGGAAUAACAACAUGGAGUGAGCUGCAGACUUCCAGCCAAUCAUCUUCAUGUGACUGUACAUGUAGGCUUCUUUCUUCUUCUGUGAUGGUCACAGAGCUCAUAGCUGGAUCUGAACACAGGAUACGACUGAAACUGGACUUUAUCUGUCAUAAACCAGAACAAAGAGCUGGAACAGAAAACGGAUACAAUCUGAACUGCAACAUGAUGGACAAAUGGAGACUUUGAUCAAAAGCAGAGAGGCUGGAUAGUGUGCAGUGUGCAGGUACAGCUCCAAAUCAGCGUGUGAGAGGAGGAGAGGUAGUCCACAUGCUGAAUAUUGAAACUUCCAAAUAAUAUUAAUUUAGCAAUAUUUUGAACAGGUGAAAUAUCUUUGUUUGAAACAUUCCCUCAUUAAACUCCUGGCAGCCUGUGAUAUUCAGCAUGUGGACUUUUUCCGUGAGUUAAAAUUGUAUCUCCCUGCUGAGUCAGCUGAUAAAACACAACAGAUGUUAAAUGAAAUUACAGUCGGCUCACAGACAGUAAUGACAUUUAGUAUUAAUAAUGAAUGCUAUUGGCUGAGCUGCAUGUGUCCAGAAGUUACUGAGAGUCAGUGUGUUCAUGUUAGUGUAAAUCUGUGUUUGUCACUACAUUUUGUUUUUAUAAUGUACAAUAAAGUUUUUGUAAAGCUGUGUGAGUCCUCAA